CCUGGUUUAUCAGUGAAAGAGGAAGAGAAGCAGAGUUAGAAACCAUCAGCAGCUCAGGAUGAAGGUCUGUUCUACUUUGAUCUGCAUCCUCUUCCUCACAGCUCUGCAGGAUGGAGAAACUGUGGAAACCUACAGAGGAAAGGAAGGAGGAAGCAUCACAGUUAGAUGUGAAUUUAAGAACUCUGGAAGCAGGAGGUUCCUCUGUAAGGAAACCUGUAAAGGAGGAAAUAUUCUGAUUAAUACGACUGAAGACAUGUUUACAAAAAACAGAUACAGCAUUAGAUAUGAAGAGAGAGGGAAGCUACAAUAUGAUUAUCUGCAUGUGAGCAUCACAAAGCUGAAAAAGUCAGAUUCAGGACGGUACUGGUGUCUCUCCGAUACAUGGAGGGGAACUCAAUAUGAUGAUUUUAUUCUCUCUGUGACUGAAGAUUCUUCAGAACCAAAAUGGACUCUGGGACCUUUUAUUAGAUCAACUUUUCUCCCAGCAGCCUCCACAACAACAACAACAACACAGAGUCUGAGUUCCUCACCUUCUCCAUCCUCCUCUGAAACCAGCAGAGUCUCUGAGAAACCAGCUGCAGCUUCAGGUCUGCUGCUUUAUGUGCUUCUGUCUCUGGUCGCCAAGAUCAUCUUAUUUUCAACACCUUUGGUGAUUUUCUGCAGGAAGAGGAGGCUCACUGAAAGCAAAGGUCCUGCUGUGGAAACAGAGUUCAGUGAAAUCUCUCAGACCAACCCAUAGAGGGGGGAGAUCAAAGGAGGACAAACAGAACAAACCAUCUGCUAAGGAAACAUCUUCACUUUAGACCUGAACUAAACUCUGAAACAAUCAGAGCUCAAAGUACAAAUGAGGAACAUUGUUUGAAGUAAAAAAAAAAAGAAAAAGUAACAUAAUUCAUACAGGACAGUUUUACUUUGGUUACAAAAGAGUUAAUUUGUAAUAUUGUUUUUCUCAGUUUGGCUAAAAUUUAUUGACUGAUAGAAGAAAUCUUUUCUAAUUGUUUCUGAAAAAUGACAUUAAAC